AUGAAGUGCUCUUCUUUUACUCUCUCUGCUCUUCUCCUAACCGUUUUACCAACAGUAUCGCUUGCUGCGCCUAACGAGCCAUCCCUUGACGACUUUCAGAACAAGGCCAAAGUUGUGCAAUGUAAGAUUAGGAACUUCCGACCACCGCAGCCACCUGGCACACCCAAGCCCCCCUUAAAAAGUAAGGAUGUAUCAUUCUACAGGCAUCCUUGCACCUGCGAAACUGCUGCUGGUACAUACGAAGCGAAAAAUCGUGAGACUAUCAGCUUAAACUGCCAAGUGGACGGAUCAAUUUGCAACAUAGACUGGAUCAAAACUACUGAGGGCAGCUUCAUCAAGAAGAAUUCUUUGCCGAAAAAGUGUCAGGUGAGGAAAAGUGCUAUGGAUGACUCGUAUACCCCCAUGACUCUGCCUGACGACCGUAACGUGGACAACGACGAGCCUGGUUUUCUUGGCAAUCCAGGAAAGGAGAACCAUUUUGAGAGCGAAGAGGUCCGAAGGGUGUUGCGUAACUGCAUUGCCUUCUUGAUCCAACUUAAGGACCAGGUCGCAAGGUUGUCUAUCUUCUUCAGCACCGUAGCCAUCCUAGUCGACUCGGCAAACAAAAGCCAUGUGCAGCCCUUUACAGAAUAUAUAGAAGGCGCGUCAAAUCAGCUCACCCAACGCAAAAAGCUCAGCCAGCAAUACAUCAACGUGACCUAUUAA